AUGCAAGAGAUUCUUGAUUAGUUUCUAGAACUAUUGAAAUAGACAGAUGAAGGAAUCAAGAAUAAAAUUAGAGCUCAAAGUGAGAUUAAUGUUGAUUUUCAAGUUUCCAACCCUAAGUGGGAUGAUGCUUCUGUCAAAUUGUUAAAGUUGCUAAUUUAGACUUAUUGUAUUGAUUAAUAGAUUAGUCACUAUUAAGUCACUGACAAUGUUUGGAGUCUUAUCUCUUAAUUAGUGAAAAAAUCUAUAAUUGAUUGCAAAUUAUAAUUCGGAAAGAGGAAAAAAUUAAAAGUAUUCUAAUAUUAAUGGUCAAAAAAAGAGGAUGAAGCUUUAAAAGAGAUUUGUUUUUCUUAGUAAGCUUAAAAUAAACCAUACAAAUGGAGUGAUAUAGCAAAAGAAUUAGCAUAAAAACUAAAUUAAUAAAAUGUGAAAAUGAUGAAAAUGGUUAGAGACAGAUGGUUAAAUAGAUUAAAUCCAAAUAUUCAAAAAGGUCCUUGGGAAAAAAAUGAAGAAUAUGAAUUAUGUAAACAGCUAUUAAAGCAUGGAAAGAAUUGGAUGAGUAUAGCAAUAGAGAUGAAAAAUUAAAGAACAGAAAGUUCAAUAAAGAAUAGGUAUUUUAAUAUACUGAAAAAAUUGGAGAAAUAGGAAGUUCCAAUAUUAAGUAAAGCAGAAAUAAAUAGAGAGUUGGGAAAAUUAUAGUUAAAUUAAAUUGAAAAAUUAGAAUAAUUUGGAUAAUAGGAAAUUAGUUUCCUUUUAUAUUAAUUAAGUAGUUUGGAACCAAAAAUAGUAAAAAAUAAAUAAGAAUAUGAGUCUGAAAAUAAGGUUCAAAAAAAGAAUAAUGGAAAUAAUUAGAAUAAUUGUUCUAAAAAGUUAUUAAAAGCAGCUGAAAAAGAUUAGAAAUUGCAUGCAAAUAAUAUCGUUAAAAAAGUUCUUUAAAAAUAUCAGCAAGAUGAAAAUCUAGAUUAUAAUAAAAUGAAAGAUCAUUAUUAAGAUAUGGUAGCUUAAAAAGGAGAUACUGUAGAAUUAGAUGAAGAACCUAUCAGUGAUUCUGAUAACCUUUCAGAAGUAUAAUUUGCUGUGAUGGGAAAAGAUUCAUCUAAUUUGCGCUUAUUUCCUAAAUCUUAACUAAAAGCUGUAAUCGAACUAAUGAAACAAAAAAAAGAACAGAAAAAGGAAGUGUAAUAAUCUUUAAAUAAGAUUUAAGCUCUUCCACCUCCUCUUCCAAAAUUAGAUUAAAAAUUACCAUAAACAUAAUAGUAAUAAUAAUCUUCAUAAUAACAGCAUCAACAGAAUCCUCAAUAGAUUUCACAAACUCCAUAAGCUUAAAUUCCUGUUUAAAUGCCUAUAGUCUAACCAAUAAUGCAACCUGUUGCUAUGCCAACACCAAUAAUACCAAUAUAACAUUAACCAUAAUCUUAAACAUUGUAGCUUUAGUAAUAAUAAUAAUAAUAAUAAUAAUAAUAAUAAUAAUAAUAGUAAUAAUAAUAAUAAUAAUAAUAAUAGUAAUAAUAAUAAUAAUAAUAAUAAUAAUAAUAAUAAUAAUAGUAAUAUUAUUAAUUAGUUUAUCCUUCAAAUUUUAUGUAUCCUUAAGUUUAGAUGGCUCCAAUGGCUCAAAUACCAAUAUUGCCAGGAUAAAUGAUGGGUUAAAUUCCAGGAUAAAUGGUAGGUCAAAUUCCAGGAUAAAUGGUUGGCCAGAUUCCUGGAUAGAUUGUUAGUUAGAUUCCAGGAUAAAUGGUUGGUUAACUUCCAGGUUAAAUGAUUAGUCAAAUUCCAGGAUAAAUGGGUUAAAUGGUAGGUUAAAUUCCAACUUAGGUAGUUUCUACUAUCCCAGGAUAAAUCCCAUAAAUUAUUUCUUCUCUACCACCUCAAAUGAUGUAAUAAAUUUAAGGUUAAAUUCCAUAAAUGGUUUAACCUGGAUAAAUGGCUGCUGUACAAAAUGGAUAAAUAUAAAUGCCUCAAAUUUAAUCUAUUCCUUAAAUUGCUUAAAUGCCUUUAUAAUCACUUCCUCUGGCAGCUACUUAACCUGUAGGAAUGCAAUAACAAUUUAUCCCAGUCUUGUAUUCAUUAUUUUAAACUAUUUAGAUAUGCUCCUUAACCAGUAUAUUAAUAAUCUUAGCAAUAAUAAGGACAAUAAAAUUAGCAAUAAAAAAAUAACCAAUAAUAGUAGCAAGUCCCAAUAAUGAAUUAUUAAAUUCCUAUGAUGCCUUAAUAUGGAGAUUAGUAUUUCCAAUUUAUGAAUAUGAAUUAAAAUAACUAGCUAAAAUAACCUAAAUUCUCAUAAGUUAAAUAGGAAAUGGAAGAACAAUAAUAAAAUCGUAAAUGA